UCUAGGGUUUCUCAAUUCUAGGGCUCCUCGGCGAGAGCGCGAUCUUGCACCAUGGCGACCGCGUCCGUGGCCUUCAAAUCCCGCGAGGAUCACCGCAAGCAGAUGGAGCUGGAGGAGGCGCGCAAGGCAGGGCUAGCUCCGGCAGAGGUAGACGAAGAUGGGAAGGAGAUCAAUCCCCACAUCCCGCAGUACAUGUCCUCGGCGCCGUGGUACCUCAACGCGGAGCGCCCCAGUCUCAAGCAUCAGCGUAAGUGGAAAUCCGACCCUAACUACACCAAGGCCUGGUACGAGCGCGGAGCAAAGGUCUUCCAGGCCACCAAAUUCCGAAAGGGGGCUUGCCAGAACUGCGGUGCGAUAACGCACGAUGUCAAGAGCUGCAUGGACAGGCCCCGGAAGAUCCAGGCGAAGUGGUCCAACUUACACAUCGCCCCGGACGAGAAAGUGGAGUCUUUCGAGCUGGACUACGAUGGGAAGAGGGAUCGCUGGAACGGCUACGACCCGCAGACGUUCUCGAUGGUGAUAAACUACUGGGAGCAGAAGGACGAGGCGCGCAACAAGUACCAGAAGGAGCAGCAGCUCAAGAAGCUGGAGCAGAAGCAAAACAAUCCGGAUGAGAAAGAGAAAGUUGGCGACAGCGACGAGUCGGACAGCGACGAGGAGGCGGAGGUGGACGAGGCCAAGGUGGACGAGAGCAAGCAGAUGGACUUCGCAAAGGUGGAGAAGCGAGUGCGCACCACCGGAGGAGGCAGCACUGGAACUGUGAGAAACCUGCGUAUCAGGGAGGACGUUGCCAAGUAUCUCCUCAACUUGGACGUGAACUCGGCCUACUACGAUCCCAAGACGCGGUCGAUGCGAGAGGAUCCCCUUCCGGACAGCGAUCCAAACGAGAAGUUCUACAUGGGCGACAACCAGAACCGGGCCAGCGGCCAGGCGCAGGACUUCAAGCAGCUCAACAUCCACGCGUGGGAGGCUUACGAGAAGGGGCAGGACAUCCAUCUCCAGGCGGCUCCAUCGCAGGCGGAGCUGCUCCACCGGGACUUCAAAGUCAAGAAGGAGAAGCUCAAGGGGCAGCUCAAGGAGGACAUAAUGGAGAAGUAUGGGAAUGCCGCGGCCACGGACAAGCUCCCGGCGGAGCUCCUGCUCGGACAGACGGAGAGACAGGUGGAGUACGAUCGAGCGGGGCGGAUGAUCAAGGGGCAGGAGAAGGCUGUCCCGAAGAGCAAGUACGAGGAGGACGUGUUCAUAAACAACCACACCACGGUGUGGGGGUCCUUCUGGAGGGAUCACCAGUGGGGAUACAAGUGCUGCCGGCAGUUCAUCAGGAACAGCUACUGCACCGGCCAGGCGGGGAUCGACGCGGCGGAGGCGUCGGCGGAGCUGAUGCGAGCGAAUAUGGAGAUGAAGGAGGCCGUCCAGGAGAAAGCUCCGGUGAUUGAGGAGAAGAACUUGGCGAGCUGGGGGGGAGAGGUCGCGGAGGACGUUGUGCUUGACAGGAAGAAGCUCAAGGAGGCGCUCAAGAGGGAGGACGAGCGGCUGCGCGAGGAGAAGGACGAGCGCAAGAGGAAGUAUAAUGUGACUUACAGCGACGAGGUGACGGCCGAGGAUAUGGAGGCGUACAAGAUGAAGAAGGUCCACUUUGAUGAUCCCAUGAGGGAUUUCUUGGGCAAAUAGAAAUUAAAACUGUAGAUAAGCUUGCAGUUAUAAAACUAUAAUCUCUGAAGCUCUGUAUUUUAAUUGUGAUGCAAGAAAUGGUCAGAAAUGGUUGUGCAAGAGUUAA